GACCGGCUAUUGCGUGCGUUGUGUGAUGACGCGCUGGUCAGGUGUUGCCUCAUAUAACGAGGGGAGCUGUCCAAGUGCUGAAAACAGAAGAGAACUGCACCGCUUCUGAGGAGAUGCCAUACACCUUUACUGCUGUCUGAGCUUUGUUGCCAAAGGUAAUAGAUUGCCUACAAUGCUGCAUUUCCACCACAAGUUGCCCGCGGGGGGAGCCGUGGUCCUGCUCGCCUUCCUCCUUCAUGGAUGCGCCGUGCAGGCUGCGUCUCUCCCCCGCCACUACAGGCUCCGCGGCGGGGAGAGUGAGGGGCAGCCGGCUGCCUACCCACCCAGCUCCGACAUGAUGAAAGCGCUGGAGUACAUCGAGAACCUGAAGCAGCGAAACGGGGGGCGAGCCGAACCCGUGGAUUACGACGAGGUGGACAAGUUCAGGGUCCUGCUUCAGCUCGCUUCUCAGCAGGACGAAGUUCCGGGGGACCGUCAGCCUGCUCCCGGCAUGCAGAGGCAGGACAUUACCGCUGAGCAGCUGAUGAAAGCCCUGCUCAAGUCUCUGCAGGAUCAGGCCGGGAAAGACGCGAAGGUCAGCCCCGUAUCGGCGUCCAGGAACGACCGCCGCACGCACAGACACCGCACCAAAGACACUGAAAUCCCCGAGAGCGCACCGGCAGACUACGGUAACUUCCCCAGACCCCACAAGAAAUACCCCCUGAUGUUUGAGGACGAGGAGAAUACGGACGCAUCUAAGCGGGCCACUGAGGACUUGGACGAGCAGUACACGCCACAGAGCCUUGCCAAUUUGAGGUCCAUCUUUGAAGAGCUUGAGAGGAUGCCCACGGUCGUUGGCCAGAAGAGAUACGUGUUCGGAGACGACGACGACGAGGAGGAGGACGGACUCAGCCUGAAGAACCCGGCCUAUGAGGAUGUGGCCGGAGGGGAGGAGUGGGUCCCCGUGGAGGAGAGGGAAGAGACGGAGGAGAUGGUCAACGGGAGCCACGAAGAAAUGGACAGGGCGCUCGACCAGGAGGAAUCCGAGAGGGAGGAGAUGCAGCGCAGGGCCAACCAGAACCAGGAGGAUGCUGAUGAUGACACUAAGCUGGUAGAUUACUAUCUCCUGAAGGUCCUGGAGAUGAGCGACCAGACGCAAAAGAGAGACAAGACCGGUGAGCAGAGAAAGAGACUGAUCCGCCCCUCCAUCGUGGACCCCAGGACCGUGAAGGAGUUGCUGGAGCUCUCCCUGAAGCUCCACGUCCCUCCGCAGGACCUUAUCGAUAUGCUGCUCACGGAGGAGCUCAGAAAGCUCCACCGCGAUCCCCAAACGGCACCGCGCUACACCACCGGCCAAACCCCCAAGAUCAGGUACUACAGCCGCAGACUGCCCCUUAAGCCCAAGACCGCCCCCGAAGACAUGGACAGAGAGGACUUUUUAGACAUCAUCGGGGUGGAGACUAUUAGUAACGAGUAUCCCGUGGUGCAGAGACCAAUGAAGACCUCUUCAUCCUCAGACAGAAUCCAAGCGGCGUCCAGCCCCGCUGCAAAUUCAGCUCCGGUGAAGAUCCCUGCUCCAUCCGGACGCAGGGAGAACUUGUUUUUAUCCGAGCUCAACAAAAUGCCCCUGAAACGCCAGGCCAACGGCCCCGCCGCCGACGAAGGCGACGACGAUGACGGCGACGUGGAAGACGAGGUGACGACCUACCUGGCGGCCAAAAUCCUCACAGAGUACCCCAACACCAUCACCAAGCGGGACACCCAGGCGCAGCUGAAGGGACAGUUCCCGUACGAGCUGUACGAGCGCGCCAUGAAGGACUACCUGGAGCAAGCGGACGCUGAGAAAAGGCCCGUGGCCAAGAGGGAAACCGAGGUGGCCGCGGAGGAGAACGUAAGCCCCACGGAGAUGCAGGGGAAAGACGAGAUACCGGCCAAGACCUCGGCUCCACAAACCGAAGAAGAGGAGAAGGAGCACCGCGAGAAAACGGUUACCGGGAUGUAGCCUCCCCCCCCCCCCCCCCCCCUGCGAGACGCACGAAAUUAUGAAUAUAGUAUUUAUACUGUCUCAAAAAUAAAGUUUGGUGGACGUGAUCUAGUUUACAAAUUUCUAUUAUAUGAUGCUAAUGUCACCCUAAAGAAAAAUGACUAUAGCAAUCAAAUAUAAUUAAAAAUCUAUCUAUCUCUAUAUAUAUCUAUAUAUAUUAGUCCCUACUUGCUGCAAGAACAUCAUAGAAAUAUCACACUACAGGACAUUAGAGGCGCAAACGGUGAGGCAAAAGAUAUAUCCUCAAAACAUUAUGAUUGGAUUUGAAGCCUGUCGCCAGUGUCAAAUCGCCAGUUACCCCGAUCAAUAGACUCAUCAGAUUCCAGUCAAACCAGAGAUAUUUAAAGUUUUGUGAUGUUGUUUCCAGUUUGUUUACAUUAAUUGUGUUUGUAAACAGCAUUAAAGCAGCCUUAUAUUUUCAACUAUAACCGACUUGAGUAAUGGCUUAUUUUUCAUCAACGUCAAACUAUUGAAUUACAUAUGUGAAUAUACAUGUAAAUGAUCAAGUAUAAUGCGGACUUCAAGGAACACAAGCAUACGGUGUAACGACAGGACGUGGGGAUAUCACAGGGGCAGCGUGUUGUUGUGACUCGUGAUAUAUUCAGGGUUGGUGGAUUUAAUGUUUAACUAUUAUGGAUGUUUAUUUCCGAGUCUUACUAUCAGACCGUCGCCUGCCUUCCAAUCCUUUCAUACUGCAAAGCUCUGUAUUGUUGGCCUACCAGUGGUUGUGCUAUGUAUGCUCAUUUUUAAACCAUUUUGUACAUGUUCAACAAUGUGUGAUCGAUCACAGAUGAAUAAAGCAUCAGCUGGAUUAUUUUUCUUCUUGCUGA